AGCAACAUCAAGGCACUGAGUAUACUGCUCGCUAGUCUGCUAGCUAGUCUGCUAGCUGGAUGUUUUGUCCUAACCGAAUAGACCGAAUUGACUUUUGCUCGCAUCUGUCCGAAUGACGGAUCCACGACGAUCCCCUAUCCCCAAUGCUACCCAAGAGACCCCAUCCCUGUCCGCGUUCGAUUUGGGACGAACACGCAGGGAUCUGCAGCACGAUGAUGCCAGUAAUAAGCUUCGAGAGCUACUAUUGUUGUUCCGUGCCCAGCUAGGCCCGCACUUUGCUAUACGAAUAUGUCUCGGGGUAUACGUUUGGGAUAUAAGAGUUUCCCAUCCCAUCGUCGACCCGGAAAUGUUGUAGUCUGGCACUUCAAGGACUGAGCAAGUAACAGGUUCGUCAUACUCGACAAACAUGACUUUGACAAAGACGCUGCUCUGUGCCGUCGGCCUCGCUGCCAGCGUUGCCGCCGCAGACCUCGUCGACGACUUCAUUUCCAGUCAAAGAACCAUUGCGCUUAAUGGCGUCCUGAGCAACAUUGGACCUGAUGGUGCUUCGGUUGCAGGCGCCAGUGCCGGCACCGUCGUCGCCAGCCCGUCCAAGGCCGACCCCGACUGUAAGUUCAUGAUUGUCGACGAGUUCAUCCUCGGACACGACGAGCUCCAGGUCCACAUCGAGGACUACUACAAGUCCCAGGCCGUUCUGCAGACCGUCGGCAACCCUUCCGGAUCGUUCCUCCCGUCCGGCCGCGGCCUCGGCGAGGCAAAGUACCUGGUCGACGGCUCGCGCUUCAACGGCGAAUGGGGUCGCCCGCAAAGAGAUGGCCCGGCGUUGAGAGCCAUCACCCUCAUUACAUACUCCCGCUGGCUCGUCGACAACGGACAACAGGCCAAGGCCAAGGAUAUCAUUUGGCCCAUCAUCUCGAAUGAUCUAUCCUACACCGGCCAGUACUGGAACUCAACCGGCUUCGACCUGUGGGAGGAAGUCAGCGGCUCCAGCUUCUUCGCCACCCAGAACCAGUACCGCGCCCUCGUCGAAGGAGCUGCCCUGGCCGAGACCCUCGGCGCGACCUGCACGGGAUGUGAGCUGGCCCCGGACGUCCUGUGCUUUCUCCAGACGUACUGGGACGCCGCGGACGGGUACUACGUCGCCAACGUCAACACGCAGACGCAGCGCUCCGGCAAGGACGCCAACGUCAUGCUCGGCUCGAUUGCCGUCUUUGACGUGGCGGCGAGCUGCGAGGACCCGUCCAUCCAGCCGUGCCACAGCAAGGCUCUGAGCAACUUCAAGGUCUGGGUCGAUUCCUUCCGCAACGGCACACUUUACCCCGUCAACGAGGGGAUCGCGGAAGGCACAGGUGUUGCUCUCGGUCGAUACAUCGAGGACACCUACUAUAACGGCAACCCUUGGUACCUCAUCACCCUCGGUGCCGCCGAGUUCCUCUACGACGCAGUAGCGCAAUGGAACGCCCACGGCCAGAUCAAGGUCGACGCGACCUCCCUCCCCUUCUUCAAGGAACUCUACCCGACCGCCAGGGAGACGACCUACCAAAAGAACAGCAACUCCACCAUGGACUACGCCGGCAUCAUCAAGGCCGUCAACGCCUACGCCGACUCCUUUGUCGAGGUCGCGCAAAAAUACACCCCCGCCGACGGCGCCCUCGCCGAGCAAUUCAGCAAGACCACCGGCGUCCCGACCUCGGCCCGCGACCUCACCUGGUCCUACGCCGCCUUCAUCACCAUGGCCGAGCGCCGCGCCGGCCAGUACCCGCCCAGCUGGGUGCCCGCCGCUUCGUCCGAGAUCCCAUCCACCUGCGCCGCCUCGACGACGACCGGCGUCUACGUCCCCGCCAUCGCCGCGGGCGCGCCCAACGUGACGAGCUCCUGCACCGUGCCCGUCUCCUUCCUCGUCAACGCGACGACGUACUACGGCGAAGGCGUCUCUCUCCUCGGCAACAUUGCCGAGCUCGGCGCGUGGAACGUCGACAACGGACAGCCCAUGUCGGCGUCCGGGUAUACCGCUGAGCGCCCGCUCUGGAGCGUCGACGUCGAGCUUCCUGGAGGGUCGAAUGUCAGCUACGUCUACGUGCGGCGCCAGAGUUGCGGCUUCCUCUACGAGGAGAGGAACCGCACGCUCACGGUGCCGGCGUGCAACUCUACGCAAAAGGUGGUCGCGGACGAUGCGUGGGUUGGGAAGACGAAUGGUUGCUAAAGAGUAUAGUGCUAUUCGCUGGCACGGUUGAAUUCAUUACAUCGUAAUAAAGAUAGUUAAAAGGCCCAGAUAGAUAUACCCGGCCUUCUUUUAAUUUCCAAACAAGUUGUUACCGUCCGGGUUGCCCAUCAUGCCGGGUCCUGCGCCCAUACCAUUCCCCCCCAUGGGAAACCCCCCGAAGC